UGCUCUCUUACCCAACCCCCCACCUCCUUCACGUCGACGGCGGACUGGCGACCGACCCACACCCUCUCAAGCAGCCCUCCUCGACACACACAUAGCAUCAUGGCAUCGCAAUCCACACCCACCGACAUCUCCCCCGUCCUCAUCCCAAUCAUCUCAUUCCUCUCCUCCACCCUCGAGUUUGUUGUCGACGCAUUCCAUCGGAUCCCCGGCUCGCCCAUCCUCGUCCGCUAUGUCAAGUCGUCUUACCAGGAUGACCCGUGGCGCUCAGCCCUCGAGCUGCUGCUGUUUGCCUAUGCACUCCGCACCGUGCUGAUGGGACGGACGCGCGGCGAAGGCGAGGGCGGAAAGCUCAAGCUCAGUGAGAAGGAAAUCGACGAGCUCAUCGACGAGUGGCAGCCCACGCCUCUCGUGGCGCCAUUGACCAACAUUGAGCGCGGCACCCUCGCGUCCGUCCCCGUCGUCUACGGCCAGAACGGCACCCACGUCAAGCUCUCCCCCAACGGCAAGCCCGUCCUCAACCUCGCCGUGUAUGACUGGCUCGGAUUCGUCGAGAACGACCACAUCAAGGAUGUGGCCAUCAAGACCCUCAGGGAGUACGGAGUGGGCUCGUGCGGACCCAUGGGCUUUUACGGGACCAUUGACGUGCAUACUCAGUUUGAGCGUGACCUUGCAGAGUUUCUCGACAUGGAGUCGGCCAUCAUCUACGCCCAGUCGUUCUCGGCCGUGUCGUCGGUUAUUCCUGCCUUUGCCAAGCGUGGUGACAUUAUCGUCGCCGACCGCGGUGUCAACUUUGCCAUUCACAAGGGUCUCCAGCUGUCGCGCUCCCAGAUCCGCUGGUAUGCCCACGGUGACAUGAAGGACCUCGAGCGUGUGCUGGCCCUUGUCGACCGCGAGAUCAAGCGCAAGCGUGGCAAGCUCACCAAGCGUUUCAUUGUGACCGAGGGUAUCUUUGAGAACGACGGUAUGAUGGCGGACCUUCCCAAGAUUAUGGAGCUCAAGUACAAGUACAAGUACCGCCUCAUCCUCGACGAGUCCAUGUCGUUUGGUAUGGUUGGCCAGCACGGUCGCGGUCUCACCGAGCACUACGGUAUCCCUGGCUCCGAGGUCGACAUCCUCGUCGGCUCCAUGGCCAACAGCCUGGGCGCCGGUGGUGGUUUCUGCGCUGGCUCGUACGUUGUCACCAACCACCAGCGCAUCAACUCUGCCGCGUCCGUCUUCUCCGCCGCCCUUCCCGCCAUGCACGCCACCGUCUCUUCGGCCGCUACAGCCUUGAUGGCCUCGCAACCCAAGCUCCUCUCCGACCUCCACAACAACAUUCAGGCUUUCAGGCAGCAGCUGAGCAAGAUUGAGCCUGUGCCCUCGACUCCUGGCGGCCCAGACAACAAGGACGCUCUCAUCUCCAUCCCCUCGGACGAGCAGUCGGCUCUUAUCCACAUCUUCCUACUCAACCCACCACCUUCGCUCGAGGCCGAGGAGACUCUCCUGCAAGAGAUUGUGGAUGAGACGCUCGCAAACGGCGUGCUGGUCACGCGCGCGCGCCGACUGCGUGGACAGGAGGUGUUUGACCCAGAGCCGAGUCUCAAGGUGUCGCUGAGCGCCAACAUGACGCGCAAGGAGGCAGAGAAGGCGGGCAAGACGCUGCGCGACGCUAUUGUCAAGUUUGCGGGCAGUGCGUGAUGAUGAGGCGAAGCCGGCCAGGAGAGGCAACCACAUAGCUGACUGGGGGUUUUCGUUUCUAGGACGCCGCUGAGCAGUCUACGAGUCUUAUAAUGAGCGUGCGGGCCGCAGCCCAUAUGCCGCGUUGCAUGCAUUGAUACCCAAAAU